UCCUCCGCCACCUCUGCGAGGCGCUGCCAGCCCCCUCGCGCCCAUUACGCUCCCGCGCACACCCACCCCGGCGCUCACUCGCUCCCAGCCCUCGGGAGCGCCUAUCUGCUUCGGUCAAUGGCUGUGGGUGUCUCCGGCGCUGGCGAGUGCCUGCCCGCCUUGCCCCGAUGCUCGAUAAGCUGCCUCGCCUUACUGGGCAUGCCCGCUCCGUUUCUAUAUAAAACCCGCCGGAGUUAAUCCCUGGACAUUCCCCGGCUCCUUCCACCCCGCCCCUCUCCAUCGGAUUGCGCUGGAUCGCGCCGCUCGCCCGGCCUCAGCAUCGCCCGCAGAUCUGCACGAGAGCUGCGGCUGCCGCUGCGCUGCAACAAGCAUCGUCACCUGGAAUGAUGCUGUCUCUGGACCAGAUCCACACUGAGCCACCUCCAACUCCCAAGGAACUGGAUUGGGCAGAACAGGGGUUUCUACCACCCCUGAGCCCCUUGCGCUGUGCCUGGCGCCGGGAUGUGCCUCUGGACUGCAAGAUCAGCCCUGAGGAUGCACAGGCCCGGGCCUGGACGGCUUACUACUAUGACCUGCUGCAGUGCACCUUGCAGCAGGAGGGGCUCCCAGAGACAAUUGACCACACCAAGGAGCCUCGAACAGGGUUUGGACCAUCAGACAUAACCAUCUGUGUCUUGGGCUCUCCCACGUCAUACUUGUCUGUGCUUCUGGAAGGUGGCAACCAGUGUCCUGGUAACAUGCUGCUCUGCCUGUCGCCAACCUGGCUCUCAAAGGCACCAUCGGAAUCCCACCCGGGAGAGUCGUCCUUGCUGGUCUUCAAGGCCGUGACCUUUGAACUCGGCGGCCGCACAACCCUGGAAGAGUUUGCACCCCCGCGCCGUGUCACCUACUUCACUGGCUGCUUUGGGCCCUGCAAGGUGCAGGGCCAGUCGGCAGCAGAACUGGCCCGAGACCUCGACUGCCCCACGGGGGGCUCAGGAGAGCUAGCUCGCCUGCUGGAGGACAAGCUCCUGACCCGCCAGCUGAUGGACCAGCAGGCAUGUGUGGCCGUGCCCCCCACCCUGGCCUUCACCUUCAAGCGCCCGGUGCCUCUGCGAAGUGUGACAGAGGAGCAGCGCGUACGAAUGGUGGAGCUGAGUGGCCGCGAGGGGCAGGACAAUCUGCUGCAGGAGGAAAUAGCAGCCUUCCUGCAGAGUGGCGCCAUGGAGUCCUACGGCCAGGUGGUCGUAAAACCAUCAGGCUGGCGCUGGAACGGAGCCCAAGCUGUGUCAUUCCAUGCUAAGUCAGAACAGGGAUGCGUCCUUCAAGCUGUCCUCACGCUGCUGGAGACCCUGGAAGAAGAAGAGAGCAUUUUGGUGGAGGCCUUCAUUCCCACUGCUCAUGUGGUCCGGCCUGGCCCUCCUGACACGAACGGCUCUCCAUGCAAUUCAUCUCCACAGCCCAAUCUAGCAGUCCGAAUAUGUGCUGUUGUCUGCAGAUCCCGAAAAGACCAGCCUCUACUGAGCAAGGUAGUGUGUGGUGUGGGCCGGGCAGAUAAGCCCCUGAAGCACCAGGCCACAGUGCCCCAGACUUUGGAGAGCAGCCUGCGUCAGUGGGGACUAAAGGAUGAGGCCCAGAUUGCAGCCAUUCAUGCCCAGAUAAAGCAGAAGGCUGAAGCAGCCAUGAAGGCUUUCAUGGACAUGGAAGCUGGCCUGUCAGUUGAGCAACGAGGUGGUCGCCAAGCACAAACCGACAUCAUUGGUGUGGAUUUUCUCCUAAGCUCAGAGGACCAGGUGCUGCAGCUGGUGGCCCUGGAGAUGAACUCACAGCUGUGCCUAGAGACCUGCUCCGUCUUUGAGUCCAUGGGCCGGGUGGUGGGGGCUCCAGCGGGCGAGGCAGCACGCCCCCUGGUGGAGACGAUGAUGCGUCGUACGCAGUGCCACCUGAUGGAGGGCAAACACGUGUUGGUCAUUGGGGCCGGCGGAGUCAGCAAAAAGUUCGUCUGGGAGGCAGCCAGGGACUACGGGCUAAAAAUCCACCUGGUGGAGUCCGACCCCAACCACUUUGCCUCCCAGCUGGUGCAGACCUUCAUCCACUAUGACACCACUGACCACAAGAGGGAUGAAGAGCAUGCCCAGAGGCUGCUGGGGCUUGUGCAGGAGCGGGGCUUGCAUCUGGACGGCUGCCUCUCCUACUGGGACGACUGCAUGGUCCUGACGGCACUUGUGUGCGAAGGGCUGGGCCUGCGCUGCAGCUCCCCGACAGCCAUGCGCGUCGCCAAGCAGAAGAGCCGCACUCACCUGCACUUGCUGCGCCGACGCAAAGAGGGGUCUCGCUGGCCCUCGGCAGCGCUCUAUGCCGUGCCCUGCUGCCACCUAGAGAGCCACACGGAUGUGGAGCGGGCUGCAAGCCACAUCAGCUUCCCUGGGGUCAUGAAGCUAGAGUACGGGGCUGGGGCUGUGGGGGUCAAGCUGGUAGAGGAUGCACAGCAGUGCCACCUGCACUUUGACAAGAUCUCCAGGGACCUGCAGGAUGACUCAGACCACCCAGGCAUCGGGCUGGGCUGGGGCAACGCCAUGCUAUUGAUGGAGUAUGUCUCCGGCACCGAGCACGACGUGGAUCUGGUGAUGUACGAAGGGCGGAUGCUGGGGGCUUUUGUCUCUGACAAUGGGCCCACCCGGGUGCCCAACUUCACCGAAACGGCGGCCUGCAUGCCCACCUGCCUGCCCCCUGACCGUGAGGCGCAGCUCAUCCGCGCUGCCUACCAGUGCUGCUUAGGCUGCGGCCUCACCGACGGCGUGUUCAACGUGGAGCUCAAGCUGACCGCGUCCGGCCCCAAGCUCAUCGAGAUCAACCCCCGCAUGGGCGGCUUCUACCUCCGCGAUUGGAUUCAGGAGAUCUACGGCGUAGACAUCAUGCUGGCCUCCGUCAUGGUUUCCUGCGGGGUGGUCCCGCUCCUGCCUGCUCGCUCUCGCCCCCGCACGCACCUGGUGGGAGUGAUGUGCUUGGUGUCGCAGCACCUGCAGGCCCUCAAGUCCACAGCCAGCCUGGAGACGCUCCAGGCCCUGCAUGAGCGUGGCGUCAUCCGCCUCAACCUGCUCGAUGACGAGCUCGUGUCCAGCGAGUAUGAGGAGCCCUACUGCAACGUGGCUUGUGCUAGCUCUAGCCGCCGCGAGGCCUGCCUCAAGCUGCUAGGCAUCUGCCAGGUGCUGGGCAUCGACUCCCCAAACUACCCCGUGGCCCACUUCCUCUCACAUUUCAAAUAGCCUUGGAGAUAUGGCUCCCUCCGUCUGGAGCUGAGCCUGGGCCUUCUCCAGAGAGGGAGCCUUGCCUGCCCCCGCUCCUAAAUUAGCCUUCCCUUGCUCCCAACUCACCACUGGGGUUUGCAUUAUUACACAUACACCCUGUUUCCUACAGUCUUUCUCAAGUGGCUGCUGUCUCCCUCAGGAAGGAGUGUGGCAUCAUCUGGUGCCAUCUCUGGUAAGUGCCACACACACACGAUUCACACCCUUGAAUGGGCUCACAUCCUCCUUUUGCAGGGGGUCCCUAUUCAAUGCAGAGUCCCACCCUUCUUGAAGUCAUCUCCUCUUCCUUUAUUUGCAGCUCUGAUUAAUUCCCCGACUACAACCUUGGGUCCUACAUUGUUCCUCCCCCACCAUCAUACACAGAGGCAAGAUCUUGCCUCUUCACUUUCCCUUUCUUCCGCUGGGGGAAAAGUUGUGGGCUCAUGGCCAGGCAUCCCCUACUUCAUGCUUCCAAAAUCAGUGGAAAGAGGGCUGGGGUAAAAAAAAAAAAAGUACACUCCCCACCAGCAACAAUACUUCAGUGAUCCUGCAAGAGCAAAAUAGUGCAAAUCUGAGCAUUCUCCCGCCCCUCCCCCAUAUUGAACCCCCGUAUGCAAACGCCAUUAAUUACGGGAAAGUCCCGCAAACUCCUCUGCCAAGCUACUGUAACAAAAGGACCAUAUGCAAGCCUGCAAUAACAGAUGUUUACAGUGCAGUAGAAUGUAAGACAUUAACAAGCUAGUUCCACUGACUCAGCACUUGCAAACCCCCACAGUAACAUCCUAGCGCCGCGUGAUCCUUUUAGGAGCUAAUGAGCAUGCACAAUUCUGUGCUCAUAAAAUGACCAUAGAAAUAACAAGAGGGCAAACAGUGAUGCAGUGGCAAUCUCUGACAUGCAUGCUUAGUGCUGGGAGAAGCUGCCAACCAAGUUUUCAAUGCUUGCAAGAGAAACUGCUGUAACAAUCUCCCUGCAGUGUCCCAAGAGAGACCCUACAGUAGGAUAUCGCUGUGACAGCGCUUCCAAGCACCUACCAGUAACCCAUUAGCAUAUGAGAAUCUCCAGUGAAAAACAGCACCAGGACUCCUGACUUACCUUAAAAAUAUCAGCCUUCCGACGGAAGCCCCUUCCAAUGCCCCUGAAGACCCUACACUACUAAGAAACCAUAGUGCCAGCAUUCCUGAGUGUUUCUGCAAUAACAAGCCACAACCUUGCCACCACUCUGAAUUAUGGUGAAGUAGUAAUGCUUUGUGCAUAGUCCUAGCAUCCCCAAAUAAGUGACGUUACCAAUAUAGUACCAGCAUCCUUAAAAAUGCCUAUAACCAGCAUAAAGGAAAAAGAAGCAAAAGCAGUUUUGACGGGCAUGGUAGAAGAGCAUCUCUUGUCUGUUUAGCACGCUAGUGGAAAACUGGCCCUCCAGAAGCGGUUGGACUACGACUUCUGUCAGCCCCAACCAGACAUGGCCAAUGAUCCGGAAUGAUGGGAGUUGCAGUCCAACAGCAUCUAGAGGGUCCAUCAGCCUACCACACUUGUUUAAUAGCUCAUGGGUUUCCUGCAGCUUCUGAAAGCAGUUGCAGGAUGGAGCACCUGAAGGGCCUGGGAUUACAUUCCAGAGCCUGUGAGGCUUAAAAUGACAGGCAUAUUGAUCCCAUUGGGGGAGAGGGGAGGCAGGAACUGAGAGAUUCAGGGUGCCCAUGAUUGGGUGACUAACAGCAGGACCAUUAGUUAAGUGUGCCCUCCUAACAUGGGUUGUUGACCCUGCCUUCCUGCCUGCCUAUCCUUCCCAACACUUCUGUAACCAGGCAGGCAUAAUAGUUCCUCCCCCACAAUAAAAUGCCGUGUGAAAACAUCCAGACUGCAGAGGUGUUAUUUGCACCUGCUCCAGAGCUCAAUACCCAAUUGCUUACUGGCCGGUGAAAGAAAACCUGGCAGAGAAUGAAGAUUCACUGAGAAGCAAGUAGAUUUUGGAGGACUUCACUGGAUGGAGAAGUCUCUUCAAAGCCGCCCCCCCUUACCCCAUGGACCUGUUCACUUCAGGGAGGCUUCCAGAUGCUUCUAUAAGAAGCAGCUCCCAAAGGGGGUGGUGGUGGAAAUAGCAUUCCAGAGUUUGGCUGUUCAUCAUCUCAUGUGAAGAACAAAGACUGGCUUCAUUCAGCACCCAGACCAGAUGUUCUUUUCGGCACUGUUCUGCCCAAGGGUAUUCAUUCAUUCUCCUCUGACCUAGGGUGUUUAGAGCAGUUGAACUGGAAUUUAUCCCCUUUCCCCAAUUCCUGAAAGGAAAGAGCAGCUCUCCCUUUGUCUUAAGCACUUUGCAGGUUUAAGAUAUACUCAGUUGAGUUGCUCCCUUUAACCAAAAUGACUGAGAGGAGGGGUUUGGCAUUCUCCAAUAAGGAGGGUGAGGUAGGUGUAGCUGUCAUUCUCUUACCUUGGUUCUGUUUUAACCUACCCCUCACCUACAUAGUUAUGAAUGACCACCUGUGAAAAAUGAGUCUUCUCUGCUGCUUUGGAAUGAAGCCUGACACUUUUCAGGCCUUGCCAUCGGAACCAAAGCUUCAUUUGCUGGAUCUACCCCACACAUUUCCUGCCUUCUCUUCACAAAACCAUCUUUGUACUUAACUAAGACCAGCGUGCUCGUGAAUUCUAGAUACAAAACGUACCAUGAAGAAACCUAGUUACGUGACCGGAAUGCAGUAGGCAUAUUGAAGAGAGGGAAAGGGGGGGGGGAAGCUCUGGCAAACUUUCUCAACUUGCAUUAACUUCUGCUCAUGAAGUAAUUCCAUAAUGUUGUCAUGGAAUUUGUAAUGCUUUGGCAGUGAUGUAGCGUGAGAAAAGUGCUUCAGCAGGAAAGUGCCGGAGGGUAAAAAGUCGAAAGCUGUAAAAUGAAAUGGGGUAAGGGGUGCUGUUGGCAGAGGGACUGAGCAGUGGAGAAAGGAAGAGGAAGUAACUGCCAAGCCACUUCUGUUCAGCCAUGGAGAAUGCACAAGUCCCAGGCAUUUGACAUUCUGUAGCCUUAACCAUUCUACCAGGGAUACAGGGAGAGCUCAGAACUCAGGGAGCCCUGUUUUUUGACAUCUAAUCCGUGCUAGUUCUUCCCUCAAAAUAAGUGCCAAGGGAAGAAAAACUCGGGGGGGGGGGAGAGAAUGUCAAGAGCACAUAAAAAUACUUUAUUGGGCCAGUGCUUGUGUUCUCUUGGUUACCAAAACACCAGUGUGCUUUGUAAACGGCUCUGAAUAAGCAGCACACUGUCAAGGCCAGUUAAAUCUUACACGUUUUUGUACUGCCUUGAAAUGCACUCCCCACUUUUUAUCCCCUCUUCCGUUUGAGCCUUCUCCUCCUUUAGUUUCUCAACAGGAGUGCCAGCAUGAAGGUCAUUUGCUGACCACGUGGGUAGAAACAAUGUUCACAAUCUUGGGUGUCCUUUAGCAUGCGUAACCCUAUACCAUACAGGGCUUUAGCGGCAGAAUACGGAGGGCUGAUCAAGCUGCAUGUUAAGAAUAAGAGGAAACUUACACCAGUCUUUAUUAGUUACAGAGUUAAAAAGGUAAAGGGCGACUCUGGGGUUGCGGCGCUCAUCUCACUUUACUGGCCGAGGUACAGCUUCCAGGUCAUGUGGCCAGCAUGACUUAAGACUUAAGCAACUUCUGGCGAAACCAGAGCAGGGCACGGAAACGCCAUUUACCUUCCCGCUGGAGUGGUACCUAUUUAUCUACUUGUACUUUGACGUGCUUUCAAACUGCUAGGUUGGCAGGAGCUGGGACCGAGCAACGGGAGCUCACCCCGUCACGGGGAUUUGAACCGCUGACCUUCUGAUUGGCAAGCCCUAGGCUCAGUGGUUUAGACCACUGCGCUACCCGCGUCCCAGUUAGAGAGUUAGGUAACAUUUUAAUGUAUCCCCAUGAGAGGAUUACCCAUGUCAGAAAAAUCCAUGCUUCCAUUGGCCCUUGAGCUGGGAGCCUACCAGAUCACAAUGUAAUUUCUAUAAAUCUCUGGUGAAUACAGUCAUACCUCGGGUUACAGCUGCUUCAGGUUGCGUGUUUUCGGGUUGCGCUCCGCGCCAAACCCAGAAGUACCAAAGCGGGUUGCUUCCAGGUUUCGGCGCACACGCAUGCGCAGAAUUACUAAAUUGUGUAAUUCUGCCUGGUUCCCUGUAACUUCACUUCUCACAGUGGGGGAGCCGCCAGAAGACCUUCAGAGAAGGAUUUCUGUGUCCAGACUGAGCAAUGGGGGUAGAGAUGCUCCUUCAGGUAUACUGGACCAAGGCUGUUUAUUGGAUUGAUGGAGGGAGAGAUUGUUCCAAACACAUGUCAAGUCUCAGGCCCUGAGGGGCUUUAAAGGUAAGUCCCUUGAACUGGGCCUGGAAGCUAACAGAAUGGCAGUGCAGAGGCCCCAAGACUAACUGAAUAUGCUAAUGCCUCCCAGAGUUCAUCGAGCAAGAACAUAUUCCUGCAGUUCUCAGUGAUCUUGAAUGGAAACACCACAGGCCACAUUGUAGUAGCCAAGAAGUUAUAAAAGCACGCAUAAGUGAAGGGGAGUCCUGCAAAAAGUGGUGUCCAUGUAACAGUCACCAUUGGUUACCACCAAUACUUCCUUUUCUAGGAGUCAGAUCCAGAACUAUACUUAGAUUACAAAUUUAUUCAGAUAUGGAUAUUUCCACCACAUCUAUCAUGGGCACACUAAUCACUUCCACAGCCUUAGGUUUACCCCACCAGCAGCAUCUUGUCCAGAUCCCUUUGGGUUUUCCCCUCUAGUCCACUCAUUCACAACCUCCAGGCACUGGUUACUUCAGCCUGUCAGUCCUGUCAGUUUAGCUAGUGAUACAGAAUUCCAGGGCUGUCCCAGUGCCUUCAUAGAUGAUCUAGACAUUAAGUGGCAUUAAUGAGAACACAGAGUCUUCUGGAACACCCCAUGCCAACGAGCAUUACAAAUGACAACUCUUUGAGGGUAGGAAAACAAAAAAAAGGAAAAAUACUGAAAAGCCAGCUCCAAAAAGCUAGCUCUUCUUCCCAUCUGAUCCAAGGUAUCAAAAGCCACUGAGAAGGCUAACAAGAUCAACAGGGUAAUAAUAAAGAGGAUUCUUGAGGGUUGCUAAAACUACUAUGGAAAAACCCAACAGUAAAGGGUCAAGGAAAUAAGUUUCAUCUAGAAAUGUUUAGCUCAGAAGAAAGGAGAUGAGGGAAUGGACUUGAUUGCUUUCCCAUGGGGCAAAAAAAAAAUGCCUUAAAGAAAAUGAUCGAGUAAAGUAGUACAAGAAACACACAAAAUUGAUCACCUCUUCACAGCACACAUACAGAAUUUGCUGCUAGACAAUCUAAUGACCACUGACUUGCAUGGCUUUAAAAGGGGUUUGCACAAAUUAAUGGAGGAUAAGUCUCCAUGGCUUCUAGCCACAAUGGCUGUGUACUAC